CGGCGCGGGCCCGUCCGGCUCUGACGGGAGAGGCCGAGAGGAAAGGCCGGAAGCGCGGGUCCAAAGGUUGCGGGGGGAGCCGGGGCACACCGGGGAAGAGGAGCCUGGGCACACCGUGGGACGGGAGCCGGGGCACACCGGGGGACGGGAGCCGCGGCCCCCCGCACCCGCUCACCCCGCCCAGGCCGGGGCCGCGCGCGCGCAGAGAGAGGCGGCCGCGCGCGUGCGCGGCGGGCAGGGAGCGUGUCUCCCCCUAGCGGCGGCUCUGGCCCCCUCAGACGUUGGUCCGUCGGUUCGAGUCCCGGUGCUGCCCGGUGGCACCGGGCGCUGUGUGCUGUGGUUAAUCCCGGGCUGUGCCGCUGCAGAGGGUCCAGGAGAAACGACCAUGUCCAUCGCCGCCGCCAACACCAGCAUGAGGGUGCCCGCCGGCUUCCGGAACCUGCUGGAGGGGCUGGCGCGGGAAGUGCUGCGGGAGCAGCCCACCGACGUGGUGGCUUUUGCAGCAGAGUACUUCCAAAAACUGCUGGAGCAGAGAGAGGCUAGGGGCAUUGACCCAGUGGCGUGGGGAGCCAUGCUGGAGGACGACCGUCUCACCUGGCCCCCUUCCAAGGACCUGAAAGAGGCCAAGGACAUGGAGGGGGAGUAGGCAGCACUGGGGGGCAGGCAGCACGCACAGCUCUGGAUCACUGUGAUUCCGCCCCAAAAUGUGUGGAGAGGAGCCAAAGGGGAGCAUGUCCCCAUAACCCUCAUGAACUGGGACACCUCUCCGGAGAUGCAACCGCAGCGCUUGCCCCAAAUCCCCCAUUUCCCACUGUCCAACCCCAAAACUAAAAAAAACCCCUUGGUCCUCCCCUGGCUCCUGCCCUUUUCCCGUGGGUGGGUGCUCCACUCCCAUCCUGCCCCUGCGGUGCUGUUUUAAUGAGAAAUUUUAUUAACGAGGUCCCCGCUGUUAUUAACGACGAUCACCUGAGAUUUCUCCCCGAAAAAUCCUGGGUUUGGGGCUGAGCUGAGUACGGGAUGAUAUUUUUAGCCUCUAUAUUUAGGCCCCUGCAUCCCUGGAGGAUGGAAGAAACAUCACAACAUCCCAGCGUGAAGGAAAGAUGUGACAUUGCUCCUCUCCUACCCCCCUUCAUAAGCUGAGAUACCUCCAUGGAAUUCUGGGGGGC